AGAAGAAGGGAAAAUAGUGUUGAGACUACACUGAGAAAGUAUCAGCAUUUCUGUCUUGUCUAUGAUAGGCUUUUACAAGAAGAUAGGUAUGGAGAUGGGAAGCAAAGAACCUUCAGUUUGCAGGAACUAGAAUAAACUUAACAUUUCCCACUGAAGUCCCCACAGACAACCUAAGCUGUUCUUUACAGCACCUUUGAGUGGAACAGGAUUGGCUGUGGGCUUCCUUAUGGCUUCUCCUACUCCAUCACUGCCCACAGUGACUGCAUCCCCAGGAACUUUCUGACUUUCAACACCUUCAGGCCAUUUACCAGUGCCUCCUGUGAAAGGCUGCUCUCCUCUGUGUGUGUGGAUGGUGAUUUCCCUGUGUGUGUAAUAGCACCCUUUCAGGGGGAUUGGGUCACAAUAAACUUCUUGAUGCAAAAUCUAUAUAGACAGUCUCUGCAAGCCUGAAAUGUUGAAAGUAGACUGGAAAACGAGGAAGAUCCCUUCAUCUAUUCAGCCAGUGCUUCUCUUGUCUCCAGAUCAACCAUUAAAGAACUUGCUGAAAUGUCUGUGCCACAGGAAAGCACUGGUAAUGCCUUCAGUGCUGCAGGCCCCUUUCUGUAGGGAAACACCAAAGCAAUACAAGAGGGAAGGCAACAUCAUGGACAAGUUUUCAAAGAUACCCAAAUCAUCCACUUGGCAGCUAAUUUAUGUCAGCUUCACCUAAAUUUCAAGAGAAGGGUGGGCUUCCUCCUCAGUGGAGAUGCUUAUUCAUCCUACUGCCUAUGGGAUGUCUGAAGGUGGACACAGAUUAACAGUUAAUUGCCUAAGUAAGGAGAAGUUCCAGAGUUUGCUACUCCUCUGGUAAGCCAAAGCAGUAAGUACAGCUAUUUCUCAUUUACCCUUCUCAGCUGCUGAUGAGCUAUUAGCUUUUACGCUUCACUUGACUGCCAGUCACCGAGGCAGGAGAGAGGGAGGGCAGGCAGGCAGGCAGAGUAGCUUGUCUGACCUCUUACCUUUAUUGCUGAGGGCUGUCUGUUUUCUGAGGUGGUGCCAAAUAUAGCAAUUUUGAGUUGAUCAGUCAAAUCUAAUUUGGGAAAUAUUUUCCUCUUUAUUUUGGCAUUCUUCGUUCUCGCUGCCCUUUCAUUGCCUCAUGAAAGGUGAGACUAUGUGGGAGAGGAGUUAAACUGACUACCAGUCACCUCACUGAAGAACAUAUAGGCUCCUCUCUGCGUACUGGUGAGAAAGUAACAGUACUGCUCAGGUGAAAGGUGGGGACUGUGUGAGCUGGAAACUCCUAGCUGUUUCCUUGAGUCUCCAGGAGUCAAAGGCAAGAGAUUAUAUGCUCUCCCUCUUCUUGCUGGUGCUCUGGGGCAAUGAUGCAGCCUUUUUUGUUUCCACGCUCCUGUGUAGACACUAGAAGUCUAGGGAAGUGGUUGAUGGAGGUCAGGACACUGGGGGUACUGGGUUUGCUCACUAAGGGCUCUGGAUUUUUUAAAUCCAGAGUCCUGACUACAUUUUCUGAUCUGCCAACUUUUAUCUGCGCUUGUUCCUGUUCACAGGAGGGUGCAGAACCUCAUUACCUUGUGGUGUCAACAUAACAUCGAUACAGUCACCUCUGCUGUUUUCCCUGGUUUAAUUUGUGUUAACUAUCAUGUUUGCAACCACAGGGAAAGUAAUUAUUUUCUAAACCAGGUGGAGAGUGGCUUCCGUCUGUCUUGAAGGGAAAUGUUCUUCUCUAGGCUGCGACUCAAGAGAAGGAGGCUGACCUGGUUCUCUGGAAAGAUAAGCUAUGGCCCUGCUGAAUUAUUGAACACGCACCACAGUCAUCAGCUUGGAGAAACAGAGAAACACCAGCUUAGGUCACAGGUGUGGGAUGGAGGUUAUCAACUUCAGGAACAGAGGAGAGUAACCAGAUCUGCCUUGUGCACUUUGUUGCUCUGCCACCUGGAUCAGUGUCAUAGCUGCUUGGCAUUACAACACAGAUGCUCAGCUUCGUUUGGUGGCCCUCUCUGGGGCCAUAAUCACAAAAACCCAACUCCACAGUAUCAAAUCCACCCUUCCUUUCAGAGGCAAGACUCCACUCUUAGGGCAGGCCUGGAGGAGCAGCAACCCCAUGUCACACAGAAACUGAGGCGCAGAGUUCCAGUCUAAUGCUCAAAUAUUUUGUCCAUGUUUAAACCCCCUUUAUUCACCUAUAUAAAUGGUAAGCAGAUUUGCAGAGGACCUGAUCACCAGCAACUGCACAGGAGGUCCACUGGAGCUUACAUGUGCACAACUCAGGUUGUCUGAUUAGAUGACUUAGGUGCCCAAGUAAGCGUGUUCACUUCAAAAUUUUGGUCCAAGCUGAUAUGCUCAAGGCUAUGAGGGGAGAUAACUAGGUUGAAAAUAAGCUCUCAUCUCCUGGCCACACCUGAGAUCUCUGAGAUUCCCCCUGUUGUGCAUUUCCAAACAAAAUGAUUAAUUUCUUUCUAUCCCUUCGGCCACCUGAACUGUUGUGACAGAAAGACAGGACAGGAUGGGGUGCAGCACUGUGGGAAAAGUAAUGCAGUUGCUUCUUAUUUGGUGGCAGCUGGCCCUUACCAGCACUGGCAGGUGGCUGGUGCACCCAUCGGAGAUGCUGCCUCAGUCAAAGGGGAUGUUAUCGCUUAUCCCGUGUGAGGCACCCGAUCCUGUGCCUGCAGGAACCUUUACCACACCCUCAUGGAGUGAUCUUGCACACAGUUUUUCACUUCUUCCACUUGCUUUAAUGAUAGAUUAAAAUACUUUAUUACUGGAGGAAGCCUACCUUAUCUGUAAACAUUUAUUUCUAUAUUGCCGCUUUCUCAUUACACAGAUUUCAUGACUAAGCUCAUAUAAGUCAAAGCAGUAUGAUGAAUAUUCUAUAAUCUGUUUUAUUUUUGUUUACAGCUUUCCUGAGGGGGCCUCUGACCUCAUUGUAUGAAUGUCUUAUUCUAUUGUAGGAUGACACGGAUAGAUGAGCAUGAAGGCCUCAGGGUCUGCUUAUUACUUUGUCAACAGAAUACAGAUGGUGGAGUGAGUCUGCCUGUGGACCAUUUUGGAUGCAAUAUCUCAGUGCAUUGCUCAUGCUCAAGUGAGGUUACAAGUCAACAGCAGUUCAAGUUGUUUGAAGAGCCACUAGGGCAGGUUAUAUUCCCCGUUCCUCACACCUCUCCUGUGACCUCUGGAUCCUGUGCUUCAUAAAUUCAACUAAGCUAGCAGAAGAUUAACAGGGCAACCCCGAUCUUUCAUGUAGAGUUGAACUGAACUGCUGGAUGAAGAGCAAAACAGUCAGCACGGGAGACGGAGGAAGGCGGCAACUUCCCUGCCAGCCCUUCUGCCACUACAAAUGUUUGAACAUACUCAGGGAUGCCAGGUAACUUUUUCUAAGUUUAGUCCUCUUUCUUUGGUCUUAAUGCCAGCCUGCCUGUAGUCUCUUUGAACCGAAGAUAAGGUAAAUGUUAAAAAAUGUCAAUCCUUGAACAACAAAAAGAGCCCUUCUGUUUGGAGAUCGAAGCUUGAUACCUGGCAGUGUGUGUCCUUUGGUCCAGAGUUACCUUGUAAAAUUCUGCCCAUGUUGGGCCAGCAUAUUAGCCUUUCAAAAGUCAGUAGUUGUAAACACAUUAUAGGAUAUUCAAUGGGUUUUGCAAGGUUUCUAACAGUUAAGAAUCUGUGAAGAAUUUGCAUGCACUGAGUGUGCUCUGAGCCUCUCACAACACUGGUUCUUCUGGGAAGUUUUGAUCUAAAUAAGACAGUUUUGGGAGUGAGAUCAGAGGGAGGAUACAGCCAAGUAGUGAGGAAAAAUGGGUAAAGCUGCUUAAAUUAAAUAGCUGACAGCUAUCUUCUGAAUAGAAGUUUUAGGCUGUCUGAAAAGCAGAGAUUAUAUCAGUUUCCAGUAUAUUAUACUACCUUAUCCCUUCCUGAUGUGGAAGCAAGUUCCAUUGUGGAAUUAAUCUGAAAAAUUUUUUGAAUUUAUUUUUUGCUCAAAUUCAGGAUUAAAAGAAGGGCUGGAUUGGUCCUGCCCAUUUUUCUACCGCCCUUUGUAUGAGAUGUUGCUGGCUGGCUGUACCACUAUCCCUCUGGACGCAGGAAUGUGGCUUUGGCAGGGUGAAUGGGUACAACUUCCAGAAGAGACCAGCCCCCUGCAGACUGCCCCACGCUUCCUGGCUGCAGAUGUUAUUACAACGACUCCUUUGCCUGCCUCCCUGCUCCUGUCAGCAGAGCCUACAGUGAAACCCAAGAAUCUGCUGCUGUAACUCUGCCUGCAGAGCCUGAGUGCUGCCCCAGCUGUGUGCUCUCCCUCACCUCCCUCCCUGGAAUCACCAAUGCUGCCUGCCUUUGGUGUCUGUGAGGAACUUGUGCUGUGAGCCACGAGUCACAGAGAGGCAUUGAUUAAAGGAGACAGAGAAAAGGAGUGAGGGAGCCCACGGGGAGGCGAGUGCCUGCUGUCAGAGUUGGAAGCAGUAAGCAUGGCUAGCAACUCCAGCGCACUGCCCCGGGUGACUUUCCAGACACCAGAGAAACCUGAUGAGGAAUCAUCACACAGGAAACUGGGCAAGUUGACCAUAAAGUACAACCGCAAAGACCUACAGCGCUGGCUAGACCUGGAGGAAUGGAUCAAUGCACAGCUGCAAGAGUUGUACCAAUGCCGGCUGAGAGAGGAAACAGAGGCAGCAGCUCCUGAACCACAAAUUGAUCUAGAAGACCUUCUGGAAGUCCCUAAUGAAGAACAGAAAUUAAAACUACAGGAAAUCCUCCAUGAGUGCUCUAGCCCGACAGAGGACUUCAUUACGGAAUUGCUUAGUCGAUUGAGAGGUCUCCGAAGGGUCACCAAUCCUCAGAAGAAAUGACCUUGCCCACACAGAACACCUAGCUUUGGUCACAAGGAAAUGGAUAUCUUCCCCACAAAACCCAG